AUGGCGGGCCCGGGCUUGGGCGCGGCGCUAGAGUCCCCGCGGCAGCUGCUGGGCCGCGUGCGCUUCCUGGCGGAGGCAGCCAAGAGCCUCCGCGCCGGGCGGCCGCUGCCGGCGGCGCUCGCUUUCGUGCCGCGCGAGGUGCUCUACAAGCUUUACAAGGACCCGGCGGGGCCGUCGCGCGUGCUGUUGCCGCUGUGGGAGGCGGAGGGUCUGGGGCUGCGCGUGGGAGCCACGGGCCCGGCCACCGGUACCGGCUCCGGGCCCCUCCGCGCCGCCCGCGACAGCAUCGAGCUCCGGCGCGGCGCCUGCGUGCGCACCACCGGCGAGGAGUUGUGCAACGGCCACGGGCUCUGGGUGAAGCUGACCAAGGAGCAGCUGGCCGAACACCUGGGCGACUGCGGGCUGGACGAAGGCUGGCUGCUGGUGUGCCGCCCGGCAGAAGGCGGGGCCCGCCUCGUACCCAUCGACACGCCAGACCACCUCCAGCGGCAGCAGCAGCUCUUCGGAGUGGACUACCGCCCGGUGCUCAGAUGGGAACAGGUGGUGGACCUGACAUACUCGUAUCGCUUGGGAUCAAGACCUCAGCCGGCCGAGGCAUACACAGAAGCUGUACAAAGGCUACUCUAUGUACCCCCGACGUGGACCUACGAGUGCGACGAGGACCUGAUCCACUUCUUGUACGACCACCUGGGCAAGGAGGAUGAGAACCUGGGGAGUGUGAAGCAGUAUGUGGAGAGCAUAGACGUUUCCUCUUACACGGAGGAGUUCAAUGUGUCCUGCCUGACAGACAGCAAUGCGGACACCUACUGGGAGAGUGAUGGGUCCCAGUGCCAGCACUGGGUACGGCUUACCAUGAAAAAGGGCACCAUUGUCAAGAAGCUGCUACUCACAGUGGAUACCACAGAUGACAACUUUAUGCCUAAGCGGGUGGUGGUCUAUGGGGGCGAAGGGGACAACCUGAAGAAGCUGAGUGAUGUGAGCAUUGACGAGACCCUGAUCGGGGACGUCUGUGUCCUGGAGGACAUGACCGUCCACCUCCCAAUCAUCGAGAUCCGCAUCGUCGAGUGCCGAGAUGAUGGGAUUGAUGUGCGUCUUCGAGGGGUCAAGAUCAAGUCAUCUAAACAGCGGGAACUAGGACUGAAUGCAGACCUGUUCCAGCCCAGCAGUCUGGUGCGAUAUCCACGCCUGGAAGGCACUGACCCGGAAGUACUUUACCGCAGAGCUGUUCUCCUGCAGAGAUUCAUAAAGAUCCUAGACAGCGUCCUGCACCACCUGGUACCUGCCUGGGACCACACACUGGGCACCUUCAGUGAGAUAAAGCAAGUGAAGCAGUUCCUGCUGCUGUCACGCCAGCGGCCAGGCCUGGUGGCACAGUGCCUGCGUGACUCAGAGAGCAGCAAGCCCAGCUUCAUGCCACGCCUGUACAUCAACCGGCGCCUCGCCAUGGAACACCGCGCCUGCCCCUUAAGGGACCCUGCCUGCAAGAACGCCAUCUUCACCCAGGUUUACGAAGGUCUCAAGCCCUCUGACAAGUAUGAAAAGCCCCUGGACUACAGGUGGCCCAUGCGCUAUGACCAGUGGUGGGAGUGUAAAUUCAUUGCAGAAGGCAUCAUUGACCAAGGGGGUGGUUUCCGGGAUAGCCUGGCAGACAUGUCAGAAGAACUGUGCCCUAGCUCGGCGGACACCCCUGUGCCUCUGCCCUUCUUUGUACGAACAGCCAACCAGGGCAAUGGCACAGGUGAGGCCCGGGAUAUGUAUGUGCCCAACCCUUCCUGCCGAGAUUUUGCCAAGUAUGAGUGGAUCGGGCAGCUGAUGGGAGCUGCCCUUCGGGGUAAGGAGUUCCUGGUCCUGGCUCUGCCUGGUUUUGUGUGGAAGCAGCUGUCUGGUGAGGAGGUGAGCUGGAGCAAGGACUUCCCAGCUGUGGACUCUGUGCUGGUGAAGCUCCUGGAAGUGAUGGAAGGAAUGGACAAGGAGACAUUUGAGUUCAAGUUUGGGAAGGAGCUAACAUUCACCACAGUGCUGAGUGACCAGCAGGUGGUGGAGCUGAUCCCCGGGGGUGCAGGCAUUGUGGUGGGAUAUGAGGACCGUUCCCGUUUCAUCCAACUGGUGCAGAAGGCACGGCUAGAAGAGAGCAAGGAGCAGGUGGCAGCCAUGCAGGCAGGUCUGCUGAAGGUGGUGCCACAGGCUGUGCUGGACUUGUUGACAUGGCAAGAGUUGGAGAAGAAGGUGUGCGGGGACCCAGAAGUCACUGUGGAUGCUCUGCGCAAGCUCACCCGGUUUGAGGACUUUGAGCCAUCUGACACACGGGUGCAGUAUUUCUGGGAGGCACUGAACAACUUCACCAACGAGGACCGGAGCCGUUUCCUGCGUUUUGUCACGGGCCGCAGCCGUCUGCCAGCGCGGAUCUACAUCUACCCAGACAAGCUGGGCUAUGAGACCACAGAUGCGCUGCCUGAGUCUUCCACCUGCUCCAGCACCCUCUUCCUACCGCACUAUGCCAGCGCCAAGGUGUGUGAGGAGAAGCUCCGCUACGCUGCGUACAACUGUGUGGCCAUCGACACCGACAUGAGCCCUUGGGAGGAGUGAGUCGGCGCCAGGGGGCAGCCGCGGGCCGGCAGAACUGCGCUUGCGCGGGUCCCACCGGGCCGCCUCUCCCAGGGCGCCCAGGGUGGAGACUCCUUUCCUGGACCAGCUGGGGUCUGAGCAGACAGAGCCAGUGUGCUCCGCCCCUGGGUGCAGUUGGAGUGGGAGCAGUGGGCUGACACUGGUGGCACAGCCCCGCAGACCCUCAAGCUCGGGUUUGCUUCCAGAGUGAUUUCACCUCUGUGAGAAGAAUCCUCCACAAGCCCAGCACAAGUUGCCAGGCCUGAGCUACUUGAAGGGGGCCUUCUAGCUCCCCACCCCAUGGACUUUGCUCCAGUUUUUGGCUCCUUUUUUUUUCUCCUUGUUUUUCUCUGGUUUCAGCCUGGACUCAAAACUUAAACUUAGGUGAAGGAGAGGAGAUUGGAAUGGAGGCUCCUCCCCAAACAAGGCCCCAGGGAUGGAUAGGGAAUGAUGGCCAUCCUUCUUUGUCACCUGAACCAAGAAUGAAGAAACAGCUGAACACCCUC